CUCUCCCCUUUUCUCAUCAUCAACCAAACUCACCAACGAGAAGAACCAUAACAAGAACAAGAGAAGGAUUCUGCGUUGGAAACCACACAAGAACAUUUUAGUCAAAAAAAAACCACACAAGAACAUAGAGAGAUCGACUUCUUGAUCUUGAAAAAAACAAUGACGUAUGAGAAAGUCAAUGAGCUUAACCUUAAGGACACAGAGCUUCGUCUUGGAUUACCUGGAACAGAACAAGCUAAAGAAGAACAAGAGGUUUCUUGCGUUAGAAGCAACAAGCGUCAACUACAAAGCGAUAACGAGGAAGAAUCUACACCUCCUACAAAAACUCAAAUAGUUGGUUGGCCUCCGGUGAGAUCUUACCGUAAGAACAACAACAGUGUUAGCUAUGUGAAAGUGAGUAUGGACGGAGCUCCAUACCUCCGUAAAAUAGAUCUCAAAACAUACAAAAACUAUCCAGAGCUUCUCAAGGCGUUGGAGAACAUGUUCAAGUUCACGAUCGGUGAAUACAGCGAAAGAGAAGGAUACAAAGGAUCUGGAGUUAUACCAACGUACGAGGAUAAAGAUGGAGAUUGGAUGUUGGUUGGUGAUGUUCCAUGGGAUAUGUUCUCUUCCUCUUGUAAGAGACUUAGAAUCAUGAAAGGAUCUGAUGCUCUUGCUUUAGACUCUGCCCUAUGAUGAUGACGAUGAUGAUGAUGACGAUGAUGAUGAUGAUGAUGAAGAGACUUUGAUGAGAGCUUUUGAUGAUUGAAACCCUUAUUUGAUUUGGAUCUGAUCGGUGUUUGAGAAGUUGACCACAAGUUGACCACACCAUAAACAAAUCAUUCAGGGUUUUGUUCAAUGAGAUAGUUCCAUUUCCAAGUGAUUUUCUUUUUAUUUUAUUUAUUUUGUUGUUUUUAGAUUUGGAGUUCGAUGUAAAGAUACAUGAUUUUUUUAAUGUAUAAUACGGACAUAUACACAAUAUAGAUGCAUAUGUAGCAAUGUUAUUGA